UCUGUCAGUGUUCGUGGCCGUGGGCUGAGGAACAGAAAGGAACCAGCCUCCAGCUGCAACUCUCGCGAGGUUUUCCAUCGCCUUGGAAACCAGACCAGGGGGACGCCAUGGAAAAGCGGCAAUCUGAGAUCCUGACAAAGAAAGCUAUGUCUGGUAAAUCUGCCUUCCAUUCAUCAGCUUCAAUACGAAAUGUGUCUGCAGGAGAUUUGCUGGCUAAAGAAGAAGAAUACAAGAGAUUAAAUGCAGAACUAGAAGCAAAGACAGCUGAUCUGGUCCGCCAAGCUGAAGAAGUUAUGAAGGGACAAGAAGAAAUGCUGUCUCAAUCAUCAUCACAUCUUGGCACAGUUGCUAUGAAUGAUGAGAAAAUGAGAGAAUUAGUUCCUUCUGAUGGAGUAUCUUUUGAAACUAAAAUAACAAAGAACAAAAAUAAGGUUGGAUUGAAAAGCACACAACGAAGCAGACCAAGUUCAGCAAAUAAGGGAAAGAAAUUGACAAGCACUAAACACAAAACAAUUGAAUUACAUGUCGCUGAUGAUGUUGCAGUUCCAGAAGACGUUACCAGUUUCUCGCUUGCGAAGACAAUUUGUAAAAUUGAAGGUGAACUGGAGGAUGGCUCUCCAGCAGGUUUGGAUAAUGAGGUCAUGCCCAUUUUCAGCAAUGAAAUGGGCACAGAGGCCCAGAUACGAUUUCUGAAAGCGAAACUACGAGUAAUGCAGGAGGAAUUGGAUCGACUCGCUCAUGAAUACAACAAGAAGGACGAUGAAAAUAAUUCCUUGACCAAUCGAUUAAAAGAGAUAGAGGAGGAACGUAACAAGUUACAGAAAACAACCAGCAUCCAGCAGACACAAAUUGAUAAAUACAAGACCCUGGCAGAUGAGGCACGCAGGAAAAGUGAUGGAUUGCAACAACAAGUGACUUCUUUGCAAAAGGAAUUGGACAACCAGAAAAGAACUCAGAAGCAAGCUGCUACAAACCAUAGUGCCACAGAGGUUCGUCUAAACAGGGCAUUAGAAGAGGCUGAAAAAUUCAAGACAGAGCUGAAUAAAUUGAAGCAGAAUAACAAGGACACAACUAACCAAGAGAAACUAACAAUUGAACAACUGAAGACCGAAAACAAGAAGUUAGAAAAGCAGAAAACUGAGCUCAUGACUGGCUUUAAGAAGCAGAUGAAGUUAAUAGAUAUCCUUAAAAGGCAAAAGAGAAGCCCAAAAUGCACCUGAAACAGUGAAGAUGAAAGUUUGCUGAGAACAGGAUCAAUAUACAAAAAUCUUUCAAUAAAGCAAGGCAACUGGAGCCAGAAGACCACUAGAUAUAUCCAAAGCUCUGCUUCAAGGAUGCUUGCCAGUGUGAGAUGAAGGCUCUAAGUAACAGUUUGGCAUCUGGGAGAGAUGUGGUCUGGUCAAAGUUGAUACCAGGUUGGCCACAGCCACAAACAUUGAAAACAACAUACAAGGAGACUCGAUAACCAUUUCAUACGUUGCACUUGUGCCAGAUCAUGCCUCUCAAAAAUUGGUCUCU